AUGGAUGGCAAGGUAGCUUGUGUAGAAUGCACUCAGAAGUGUUUGCUGGAUCAUGGGAACAAGAAGAAAGCUUCACCUGAUGUUGGCUCUUUUUUCAAAAUCAUGAUUGGAGAUCAGUUUUCUAAACUUUUGUUCUUGCCUCCUAAAUUUGCUCCUACUGUGUCAGCAUUGGUUAAUCAAAAAGCUGUUCUUGAAGAUUCACGGGGGCUGCAAUGGGAAGUUAUAAUAUCCAGAAUUAAUGGCUCCCUUUCUCUUAAACAAGGAUGGAAUGCAUUUUCAUUAGACCAUGAUCUAAAGAUUGGAGAAUUUCUGGUCUUCAAUUACAUCACAAGUGCACAUUUUAUUGUUAAAAUUUAUGACAAAUCUGGGUGUGAGAAACUCAACUUUCCUGAGGCCGUAAAUCAGAAGAAAAGGACAAGGGAUAACAGAAAGUAUACCAAAGCUGGUCCAAGUCACACAAUUGAUAAAAGUUCAAUGAACAAACGGGAUUCAAGAACCUCUGUUGUGUCUGGCUCAGAUGCAGAUAUAGGUCACCACCUGUAUGAGAUGAAUGACAUGGGAAAAGCUCUAAUUGUCACAGAAAAUGCUUCAACCCUUGAUAAUAGUAAUGAAAGGUCAAAGCACAAUCCCAAAGAAGCAUACAUUGAAGAAAUGAUCUGUAUGUUCGAUAGAGACGUGGGGGACAAACAAGAAGAUGACAGAACCUAUAUUUUUGAUUUGUCUGAUUUUGAAAUGUUGACAAAGAACGCUGGCACUGGUGGAAGCAAUGAAGUAACUGCAAUGGAUGAAACAUGCUCACAUCAUGAUGAUGCAUUACUAAGAUUGAGAAAUGGAGCUGGCCCAGUUGACAAAAAUCCAGUGGCUAAAGGAGCAGUGACUACAGCAAUUCCAAUGGAUGAAACAUGCUCAGAUCAUGAUGGUUCAUUGCUAAGAUUGAUAAAUGAGGCUAGCUCAGUUGAUAAAAGUCCAGUGGCUAAAGAAGCAGUGACUGCAGCAAUUCCUUCAGAGGCAUCCAAGUUUGAUAGGAGUUGGAUAAAUAACUCUUCUGAAACCGAAGUCCAAAAUACUGCUGACUGCAUUAUCUCGUUGCAGUUCUUGCCUCCUAAAUUUGCUCCUACUGUGUCAGCAUUGGUUAAUCAAAAAGCUGUUCUUGAAGAUUCACGGGGGCUGCAAUGGGAAGUUAUAAUAUCCAGAAGUAAUGGCUCCCUUUCUCUUAAACAAGGAUGGAAUGCAUUUUCAUUAGACCAUGAUCUAAAGAUUGGAGAAUUUCUGGUCUUCAAUUACAUCACAAGUGCACAUUUUAUUGUUAAAAUUUAUGACAAAUCUGGGUGUGAGAAACUCAACUUUCCUGAGGCCGUAAAUCAGAAGAAAAGGACAAGGGAUAACAGAAAGUAUACCAAAGCUGGUCCAAGUCACACAAUUGAUAAAAGUUCAAUGAACAAACGGGAUUCAAGAACCUCUGUUGUGUCUGGCUCAGAUGCAGAUAUAGGUCACCACCUGUAUGAGAUGAAUGACAUGGGAAAAGCUCUAAUUGUCACAGAAAAUGCUUCAACCCUUGAUAAUAGUAAUGAAAGGUCAAAGCACAAUCCCAAAGAAGCAUACAUUGAAGAAAUGAUCUGUAUGUUCGAUAGAGACGUGGGGGACAAACAAGAAGAUGACAGAACCUAUAUUUUUGAUUUGUCUGAUUUUGAAAUGUUGACAAAGAACGCUGGCACUGGUGGAAGCAAUGAAGUAACUGCAAUGGAUGAAACAUGCUCACAUCAUGAUGAUGCAUUACUAAGAUUGAGAAAUGGAGCUGGCCCAGUUGACAAAAAUCCAGUGGCUAAAGGAGCAGUGACUACAGCAAUUCCAAUGGAUGAAACAUGCUCAGAUCAUGAUGGUUCAUUGCUAAGAUUGAUAAAUGAGGCUAGCUCAGUUGAUAAAAGUCCAGUGGCUAAAGAAGCAGUGACUGCAGCAAUUCCUUCAGAGGCAUCCAAGUUUGAUAGGAGUUGGAUAAAUAACUCUUCUGAAACCGAAGUCCAAAAUACUGAUAAAGCGAUGAAGGCCAUUAAAAUAGAGUCUGUGGAGUUGACUUCAGAUCCGUGCAGUCAGAAAAUCAUUCCACAAAUAAAUGGGGAAUCAGUAAAGGUUGUCAACCCGGUGUGUAGUAAGAUUUCUAAUAUGAUUAGAACAGAAAAUGACUGUGCUGUUCCUGUGGUAAAAUCUGAACCUGUUGAUCCAGUCAUAACCUUGCUAAUCUCAUCCAGUUUCUCCUGUCAGGAGUUGCCAAUGAGGUUGCCAAUACGCAUGACCUAUAGAGGAAGGCCUCAAACGGAUAGGAGGGUAGUUUACCUUCGAGACCCAGUAAUGAGAUUGUGGCCAGUCCUCUACAUUGAAAGAAAUUACUUCCAAACAUUGGCAAGCGGUUGGGAAGCUUUCAGCAAGGCAAACAACAUUCAACCAGGAGAUGAGUGUGUUAUUGGGGUUGAAAAUGGAGUUGAAGGCAUAUGCCCCGUCCAGAUAAUUAGCAAAUGAGAGAUUCAACACUUUUUGAUUUGUAUGUACGCGUAAUUACUACUAAGAAAACUCUUUAUGUAGAACUGCAAAACCAGCACUUAUGUUAUGAACAUGCAUUAGGUUCUAAA